AUGCAAACCUCCAUAGAGAGCUCCUUAGAGAGCCGGCUUGCUGAAAAAUACGCUCGUGCGUUGAAUCUUGGUGAGCUUUUCUUUAUUGAAAGCACUGUAGUAAACGUAAAGGAAAACGACAUAGAGUUUGAGAUAAGGUUCGCACCAAGUUUGUACAAAAAGCCUAGUGGAAGUGCUGUUGCGACCGAAAAUUCAAACAAGAAGUCAAAAGUUGACCCAUUCAUAUUCUAUAAUCCUGUCUUAUUAGUCGAGGAAUAUGGCGACUACAUUGUUCUCUUGAACAAAUUCUCCAUUGCACCUCACCAUAUCCUAGUGGUCACCAAAGAAUACGAACAACAAACUGAUCCACUGUUUCCGCGCGACCUUGAGGCUGUUUGGCAUUACAUGGUGCAGUUUAAAAGUAAGAGAUCGCUCGCGUUUUACAAUUGUGGCAAUAAUUCAGGUGCAAGUCAACCACAUAAACAUAUCCAGAUUCUUCCAUUAUCGAAUGAUCCGCCAAUUAGUGCAUGUUUUAAUGACGUAGACAAAAAACCUGGCGAAAAAUUCGACUUUCCGCAAUUUUCCUUUAUACAUCACGUGAUUAUUCUAGAUCAAAAGAGAAUAAUCGGAUCAUCAGAAGAAGUUAUAGGGGAAUAUCUCGGAGAAGCAUUUCAUUCCCUGUAUGAUGCCAUGAUUGAAAGUCUGCGACUUCACAGCGAGAAUGUUUCUGCAAACUUGGCUUUUCCCGUCUCUUACAAUUUUUUGAUGACCACUUCUUGGAUGAUUAUGGUGCCAAGAAUGCAUGAAAAUUUUAGACAAGUAUCGGUAAAUUCCUUGGGAUUUGGUGGCAUGCUGCUGGUGAAAAGUGAAGAGUGCUUAGAACUCGUGAAAAGUCUGGGGGUGAUCAAGAUUUUGGAUGCCGUAACUGUGCCGAAGGAUCUGGGGACUAGGCAGGAUCAUGCAUAA